GGGGAGAGACCCUCGCCUAAAUCCGCGCCUAAGUUUUUUGGACCCGCCCUGCGAUAAUCAACAAGCCGUUGGAAGUUGAGUGCAAGUGGUGUCAAGAAAGCGUACGACAUCCAUGUCCUUGUUUAUGGAUGAAAUCGGUCAAAAGCAUCCAUCUUCUGUCCCGUUAAAAAUCGGCUUCACAUACUAGUAACUAGGUACGGAACACGAGACAUGGAUUGCGCUGGUAGUGUGAGGACCUAACGGGAGCUCUUCUAAAGGUAAGAUUCAGAAGAUAAAAGUAUUCCUUAUGGAAAACGUUAUUCUGAAUAACCUAACAUGGGACAGUUCCAUUUUGACACCAGGUUCAGGCACGACGCCAGGGUCGGACACGCCAGCGGAGAACGUCUUCGACUACAUCAUCCACGUCUACGUGUACCGCGUCAUCUACGCAGUGGGCUUCCUCGGCAACAUCAUUUCUCUGCUGGUAUGGAUACAGACGAAGAACCGCGCGCCGCCCAUAUGUUUCUUCAUCGCUAUCUGCAUUGCCGACACCCUGGUCCUCAUCACCCACAGCAUAGAGAAACACUACAUCUACGUCAACUACCUUUGUCAGAUCAUCCAUGUCUUCUUCUUCGCAGUUCAGAUCUUUGCGAUCCUGCUUGUGGUGGGCAUGUCCGUGGAACAGUACAUCUCUAUAUGUCGGCCAUUGAAGGAGUACAAGGUAACACACAGACGGAUAUGGAAAGCGAUAUCCGGUUUAGCAUUGGUGGCCAUCGUUGCCGGGUCCCUGGAAGGUUAUUUCUGGGCUCUGGAUGACGACCGGAAGAUCUGCACUCUUCGCAAAGGGGUCAACUCCCUCUAUAGCUGGAUCUACGGUUAUGCAGUCUUAGUCUGCCUUUUCAUAAUCCCGGUGAUUGCUAUCAUUACCCUGAACGCAAUGGUGUGGUAUGCAGUCAAGAAAGCAAGACAUAAGACUUUCGCUUACGGGAGAUCGAUGAGAAGGGCUAAAACUCGGUUCAACAAGACCUUCCAUUUUGUGUCCUUGCAUCUCGCAAUCGGGGAACUGCUGUAUGCGAUGAUUCACAUUUCCAUAUACGGACACUACAUCGACGGACACGAGUCCGAAAAACUCUCUGGACGAUGGCCGAGUUACUACAUAACAUCUCUGCCGUUUUUAAUAGCCGACAUUAUAUCGUUGAGCAGUUACGCACUGGACAUAACAUUUUUCACUCUGAGUAGUAGGACCUUCCGAAAAGCUGCCCUACGUAUUGUAGGAUGCAGAAAACAACUUGAGCAGACGAUAGUUUCCCGGUUUGAAACUGAAGAUACGUGUUUUAAAGUUGUUCCAGUUCCUCUUCGGGUUAGAGACCAGACAAACUGAACCACUGAAUAUAUAUUAUUAGUAUAUGUAUAUUAUAAAUAUCAGCCAUCGCUGGUCAUGCUUUUAUACUACAAAUUAAACUAUUUUAAAAUUA